AUGCUUUCGGCUGCCAUACCAAAGUCAUGUCCAUUCUUUCACGGCACUGCCGGUAGAGCAAUGACAAGCACCGCUCAAAAGGUGCAUCAAAUCAUCGAUAGCCAUCCAACCAGUCUCACUCCAGAGAAUGCCAAGGACUUCUUUGAGAAGUGUCCCUUCGCUGGAGUAGUAGAGAGUAGCCUUCAACAAGAGGGCGACCAAGGAUUGAAGGUGUUGUCACACUUGAUUGCACCUCAGAAUAGCACUUUGGUCAUUCAACCAACUACUAGCGAGGAUAACUUGGUCAAGGAGAUGAUUGAAACGAAUGAGAGACGUAGGAAUGAGGACCUGGUCAUUCAACAGGAACAGCAACAGCAGCAACAGCCACAAAGAUUCCAAUUCCAGGAGAACUUUGAGAAUGUGAUCGACAACCUCAAGGAGGAGGGCAGAUACCGUGUGUUCACCACGAUCCAGCGCCAGGUCGGUCAGUUCCCCUACGCCAAGAAGUUUGCCAACGUUGAUUAUUACAACGAGGCCGUGGCGACCUCCCCCGACGCAGCAGCGUCCGCCCAACUGUUGUCCACACAACAGGAGGAGAUUGAGCUCGAUGUGGACAGCGAGGGAAUCGCCGUUUGGUGCAGCAACGACUACUUGGGCAUGGGACAGAACGAGCUGGUCAUUGAGGAGAUGACCAACUCCAUCCGCAGAAUGGGCGCAGGCUCUGGCGGCACGCGCAACAUCUCUGGCACGACCAGCGAGCACGUGAUGCUCGAACGCGAGCUGGCCGACCUCCACCACAAGGACAACGCACUCGUCUUUGGCAGCUGCUACGUGGCCAACGUGUCGGCCGUGACGUCGAUCGCCGCCGCACUCCCCAACUGCAUCAUCUUUAGUGAUGCCAAGAACCACGCCUCGCUCAUCGAGGGCAUUCGCAACUCCAAGUUGGACAAGUUUGUGUUCCGGCACAACGAUGCCGAACAUCUCGAGCAGCUGUUGGCCUCUGUCGACCCAGCACGUCCCAAGUUGAUCAUCUUUGAGUCGGUCUACAGCAUGGAUGGCACUAUCGCGCCCAUCGAGCGUAUCUGCGACCUUGCCGACAAGUACAAGGCUCUCACCUUUAUCGAUGAAGUCCAUGCCGUCGGUCUUUACGGCCAGCGUGGAGCAGGCGUUUGCGAGCGUGACAAUCUCAUGCACCGCAUCGACAUCAUCUCUGGCACUCUCGGCAAGGCGUUUGGCGUCUAUGGUGGCUACAUUGCCUCCAACCGCCACAUCAUUGACACGAUCCGGUCGCUCAGCCCUGGCUUCAUCUUCACCACCUCUCUCCCACCCUCAAUCGCCGCCGGCGCGCGUGCCAGUGUCAGCUACCUCAAGAAGAGCGAGAGGGAGCGUCGCCUGCACCGCGAGCGCACCGAGAAGCUUAAGCAAUCGUUGCGCGAUGCCAACCUGCCCCUGCUUGAGUCGCCCUCGCACAUUGUUCCAUUGAUCGUCGGCAACUCUGACCUGUGCAAGAAGAUGAGCGACUACUUGAUGCUUAAGCACAGGAUCUACGUGCAGCCAAUCAACUACCCCACGGUGCCCAAGGGUACCGAACGGUUCCGUCUCACGCCCUCCCCAGUGCACAGUGACACCGAGAUUGGACGUCUCGUUGAAGGAAUGGUCGAUUGUUGGAGAACAUUUGGUUUACAAUUCACCAAGACAUCGCCAACGUCUUCAUCAACAACUGCACUGGUCUAA